AUGGAUAUCGCGACCAAAAGGGAACCAAAUAGCGAUACUUUAUACUGCAUCGCCUCUUUAUCAAAAGCAUUCAUGGCGGAGUCGAUAGAGCUUCUCAUCAGCGACGGCCACAUCACAUGGGAUACCACUGUCCAAUCCGUGAUUCCCGAGUUCAAGCAGCAUGAAGAUGCUCAACAGUUCUCGAAACCGACCUUGCGCGACAUCUGUUCCCACCGUACCGGUCUGAUCGGCUUGGACGAAAUCACCCAAGGACUGAAUGGGAGAAUCCUCAUCCCUAAAAAGGAUGUGGUCAAAGUCUGUAGCGCAAUGCCUAUCAAGCAUGCGUUCCGGACCAAAUUUCAUUACAACAAUGGCUUGUACGAACUUGCAGGCUGCGUCGUCGAACGUCUCUCGCGCUCUCCUACCUGGGGCCAUUUUCAGAACGAUCGUAUAUUCACUCCGCUACAAAUGACCAGGACCACGGCGUUUAGAUCUGUCCACGAAACCGACAGUAACAUAGCGAAAUCCUAUAUGAUACUAGAAACUGGCGAGCCACAAUAUAUUCCACCGACAGAGUUGUCCGCCGACUCUAUGAAUGGCGGUUCGGGUGGCAUAAGGAGCUCUGUGAAUGAUCUUCUGAAGUGGUGCUCGUAUCAAUUGAACAAGUCGACACAUACCUCGGUUUUUAACAGAGCCAUUAUUGCCGAUUCCCAAUAUCCUCCGGACGGUGACUAUUGCACAGGCUGGUGCUAUCAUCAAACACCAGCCAAGCUUGGACUGAUAUCGCCAAACAGGGCCCUGGAGUCUCCGGUGGUGGGCUUGAAAUCUUCAUCUCUUGUCAUUUACAGUCAUCAAGGCGAUGUCCCAGGAUAUACAUGCAACCUCUUUAUCAUUCCCAGCGCCCAGGCAGCCGUUGUAGUCUUGUCUAAUGGAACCGGGCUAGGGGAUGCUACCGAUUGGAUUGCACAAGACAUUAUUCAAACCAUGUUUAAACUCAAGCCAAAGGUAGACAUGGUCAAAGCUGCUCGGAAGGCUGCAACAAAGUAUCGCGAUUACUACCACGAGAAUUUCGAACAGCCGCUGAAAAGACACCAGCAGAUAGACCUAAAGCCUGUGCCUCUGGACGAAUUCGAUGGUACCUAUGUAAUGAAGAACCUGGACAUCGCCACGCUCCGGAUGACUGCCACGACUGAAAAGUCAGAGAGACUGCAAAUGAUGGUCAAUGGUCAGGCCGACCAGUAUUAUGAUGUACAAUAUCUAUUACAAGUUGGCCCCGUUGAGCUAUUUGCUGGCUUGUUUUAUACGGAGGAUGAGCCCCUGGUUCUUGCAAGUAUGGAAUUGCUCCCGGUAUUUGGCGUUGGCUGGUAUCGCAAGGAGCUUUCGGUAUCCCAGAAUGACGUGGGCAAGACUUUCUACUUGGAUAUUGAUGGCGCACAAUCCUAUGCCAUUGUCUGGCUUAAUGGGCAGAUUGUUGGUGGCUGGCCCUACGGAUAUGCCUCGUUCCGUCUAGAUCUCACGCCGUAUGUAAAGGCUGGGGAGAACCAGCUCGCUAUUCGACUUGACAAUCCGAAUGAAUCAUCGCGGUGGUACCCAGGUGGAGGCAUUUAUAGAAAUGUAUGGCUCACAACCGUCGAAUCUACACACGUGGCGCAAUACGGCACUUUCAUCACAUCUCGGGAUGUGUCAACGCAAUUAGCGACCCUUGACUUGACAUUGGAGGUGCAGAAUACCGGCAAGCAAAGUAGCAAUGUAGAGGCUAUAACCAAGGUUUACCAAAUCAAUGCAAGAACCAGAAGCCUGGGAGAAAAGGUAGCCGAAUUUCCCACGUCCAAAAUACGAGUGAUCUCUGGUGGAAUAGAGUCGGUCAAUGUGACUACUUCUAUAAGUCGGCCGCAGCUUUGGGGACCACCUCCCACGCAGACGCCCAACCUAUAUGUUGCUGUCACGCAACUCAUCACUGACGGACAAGUGAUCGAUACAUACGAGACGCGUUUUGGCAUCCGAACGUUCGAGUAUAGUGGCGACAAGGGGCUUUUGGUCAAUGGAAGGCAUGUGCCUGUGCAAGGAACGGAUCAGCAUCAUGAUCUUGGAGCUUUGGGAGCCGCCUACAAUCAUCGCGCUGCUCAGCGUCAUCUUGAAAUCCUGCAAAGUGUUGGUUCAAACGCAAUUCGCAUGUCUCAUAACCCGCCUGCGCCAGAUCUCCUGGACUUGACUAACGAAAUGGGUUUCAUGAUCUUGGAUGAAAUUUUCGAUUGCUGGGAGCUUGGUAAAGUCACCAACGACUUUCAUCUUAUUUUCCCAGACUGGCAUGAGGCAGAUCUGCGGUCUUUCAUCCGGCGUGAUCGCAACCACCCGUCUAUCUUCAGUUGGAGCUUUGGCAAUGAAGUCGGUGAACAGCAAACAGGCCAGAACGGAACGGACCUGGCUCAGGCACUCAUCGAUAUUGUGCACCAGGAGGACUCGACGCGCCUGGCGACGACAGCCAUGAACUCGGCCAAGCCGAAUCAGCCAUUUGCCGCGAUACCAGACAUCAUAAGCCCAAACUACCAAGGAGAGGGCAUCCGCGAUACUGCCGACUACUCUCAACUGGCAGGCAUUGCAACGCCUCCUUUAUUCCCAGCGUUUCAUGGAAACUUUUCUUCCAAAAUGCUUCAGCACAGUGAGAGCACAUCUGCUUUUAGUUCGCGAGGCGUUUUCAUCUUUCCGGUCCUAGAACAAGGCGACAGUGCUCCCGUGAACGACUCUUCUGGAGGGAACUCGACUAUUUUCCAAGUCAGUGCCUAUGAGCUGUACAGCGCCGAUUUUGGAUCAUCCGCAGACAAGGCAUUCAGAUCCCUGGAUGAGAAUCCGUAUGUCGCAGGAGAGUUUGUUUGGACCGGCUGGGACUACCUGGGCGAGCCCACGCCAUAUAACGUCCGAAGCUCUUACUCGGGCAUGAUAGAUUUAGCAGGAUUUCCGAAAGAGCGCUUCUAUCUGUAUCAGUCACGCUGGAAGCCGGACCUGGCCAUGGCCCAUAUUCUCCCUCACUGGAACUGGCCAGACCGCGUAGGCAAAGUGACUCCUAUUCACGUCUUCUCCUCUGGCGACGAGGCCGAGCUUUUCGUAAAUGGGAAAUCCCAAGGCCGCCAGAAAAAGGAGGAUCUCACGUACCGUUUCCGAUGGGACCAUGUCAUUUACCAACCCGGCGAGGUACAUGUAGUUGCUUACAAGAAUGGCCGACAGUGGGCAACAGAUACGAUACGAACAACAGGAGAGCCGGUAGCGCUGCGCUUACAAGCUGAUCGCUCUGUAUUCAGUGCUGACGGCGUCGACUUGUCAUUCAUCAGCGUCGAAGUCGUUGACAAUAGGGGAGAUGUAGUUCCCCAGGCGGCCAAUAGUAUCCAUUUCAGCGUCAGCGGAGUUGGACAGCUUGUCGCUACUGAUAACGGUGACGCCUCUGACUACACGCCGUUCCCGUCAGCAGAACGACGGGCAUUCAGUGGACGAGCCUUGGCUAUUGUGAAAGGGGUGAAUAACAAAAGGGGCGAGGUGGUUGUCAAGGCCGUUGCCAAGGGGCUGAAGUCUGAUGAAAUGAUAGUCCGUACUAGAUAG